AUGAUAUGUGAAAUGAAUAGCGAUUCAAUGGGAACUCAAAACCAAAGUAAGGCUCAGAAUAAAGCCAAUGCCAUCCAUACAAAGCUCAAGCUAAUGGUUAUGAUUGAGAGAAUGGCUGAGAAAAGAGUGGGCUUUUCUUGUUGGAAAUUAAUAGCGCCACGGGCAAUGUACCACAGUCACCCAGGUAUAACCAACGGCAUGGGCACUGUACCCAAGUGUUCCAGUUAUAACUAA